GCGCGUCCAAUCAGCGCUGAGGUGUGCGCUCGAGGCUGCGCGAGACGGCGGCCCGUCACCGCUUCCUGAGCAAAAUUAAAUCCACCAUGACUGAAGUCCAGGAGAGGAUUUAAUUUCACACACCGGAGACUCCAUAAACACCCGAAAUCUGGUCUUCAGGAGCUGAGGGACUUCGACAGAAGAAAUAAAUCUAGCAUUUGGUCACCAGAACAGGUCUACUCUUUGUGAUCCGUUCCAGUCCAAAGUUCCUCCGGUUCCUCACGUGAUGCCGAGACCCAGAGUGUGAGCGGGUCGGACGCCGACUGACCAACAGGAACUCGCGGAGAUGUUCACACACAGCUGUGUGAUCCACCUUUAAGCAGAAUGCAGAAGCCGCUCUUUCCUUACAUUAUGGUUUAACCCGCACUGUGAUGUCACAGUAAUGGCGUCCGUCGUGGCCAAUAGGAGUCGAGGAAUCCAGUCGCUGGGGCUGAAGGGUGUGGACCCUGAAACAUGCAUGAUCGUGUUCAAGAACCACUGGGCUCAGGUGGUUAAGAUCCUGGAGAAACACGAUCCUUUACGCAGCAGCGGAGGUCUCAGCCUCGGGGGCGGAGUUCACGCUUUCAGAAGUCACGGACUCCGGCACGGGGCGAUCCCGCUGGACGAGGCGAGCGCGGUGCAGAACUACGUGGAACACAUGCUGCUUCUCCUGAUGGAGGAGGAGAGCGGAGUGGGCGGAGCCAUGGGCCCCAUCCUGGAGUUCGUCAUCAUGGAGAACGUCAUGGAGCGCCUGUUCGUCUGGAGCCUGAGGCGGGAUUUCACUGACCAGUCCAAGCUGGAGCAGCUGAAGAUGUACGAGACGCUGAUCGGUCAGGCCAAGCAGCCGCUGUUACAUCACAAGCCCAUUCUGAAGCCGCUCAUGAUGCUGCUGUCGUCCUGCUCGGGGACGGCGACGGGUCAAGCGGCAGGUGUUCCCAUUUCCUCCAAGGUGGAGCAUGAGCUGGUUCUUCUCCUCCAUCAGCUGUGCUGCGUUGUGUCCAACGAUCCCUCCAUCCUCGAGCUGUUCUUCCACUCCAGUGAGGACCAGGGAGCCACCAACUUCCUGCUCUUUUCCCUCCUUGUUCCCUUCAUCCACAGAGACGGAGUGAUCGGGCAACAGGCUCGAGACGCCCUGCUCCUGAUCAUGACCCUGAGCAAUGACAACCAGCGCGUGGCCACACACAUCGCUCACAACACCUUCUUCUGUCCGGUGUUAGCCACCGGUCUGAGUGGUCUGUACUCGUCUCUGCCCGCUAAGCUGGAUGUGUCCAGUGAAGACUGGCACUGUAUACAGAAUGACGAGUGGCAGCAGGAACCCGCACUUGUUCACUUCCUGAACUCUCUCGAGUUCUGUAACGCCGUCAUGCAGGUGGCUCAUCCAUCCAUCAGAGAUCAGCUGGUUGGUUACAUCUUUAACGGCUUCCUGGUUCCUGUUUUAGGACCCGCGCUGCAUAAACUGACCCUGGAAGAAGUAAUGACCACUACGGCGUAUCUGGAUUUCUUCCUAAGGGCUAUCACUGAACCUGCACUGCUACACACCUUCCUUAGCUUCGUCCUCCUCCAUCGCCAUGACAACGUGCACAUCCUGGACACGCUGGUCAGCCGCAUCAACACGCCCUUCCAGCUGGGCACCGUGUCCCUGGCUCUCUUCCGCACUCUGAUUGGUCUGUACUGCGAGGACGUCAUGCUUCAGCUCAUACUCAAGUAUCUGAUCCCCUGUAAUCACAUGAUGCUGAGUCAGCGACGUGUGGUGAACGAGAGAGAUUGCUAUUCCGUUUCUGCGGCUAAAUUUCUUGCCCUCACUCCAUCCUGCUGCUCUCCGGACAUCGUGGCUCCGCCCAUCCGACAGCUCGACUCCAUCACCUGGACUAAGGUCACUGAUGGAGCUCAACCAGGAACUAUGGAAAAAGAGGCGUGUUCCUCGGGGCAGGACGAUUCUGGUCACUCGUGUGUGAUCGGCUCGGAGAUUCACCUGGACGUCAGUUACCUGCAUUACCUGUACGACGCCCGGAACAGCAUCAGCAAAUGCAUGCGUGCGUGCCGGAUCUGGUCCGCCCCUUACGACAGCGUGACCCCGCCUCCCGAGGACAAAUCCCGCCCUCGUGUGACCUCACAGGCUCUUACUGACGUCACUUCCUCGUCCGGUGUCGAGCUCGAGUGGGACGACAGUUAUGACGCCGGUUCUUCUGCAAGAGCACGGCAGGAAGAGGAAGAAGAAGCGAACAGAGCGGCCGCUAGCGUUGCAAACGAUCCGCCGCAACACAUCCAGGAACUCCGAAAGACGGCCACUCUGCUCAUCAAAGGCUCCUACGUGGAAGAGUCAGAAUUUCAGAACGACGUCAUGGUGUACGAUUUGGUGGCGCAGAAGGACACCAACGAGUCCGCUGACCAAAAACAUAUCGUUUCCGGUCACGUUACGAAGGACAACGUGGGUCCAGGAAAUCCAGAAGACUCCGGUGAAACAUCAGAAAUAGGAAACGGUUCCGCGCAACCGGACGUGGAGAAACAAAACGGCGUCCAGACGGAAGCAGAUCAGAACUCUCACGACCUUCACGCGGAACACGACGAGGACGACCUAGCGACGCAGUACGAGGAGCUGAUCCGCAUUCUGGUCAUCGAAGCUAAAAGUCCCACAAGGACGCAGCAAGACUUGAGGAACUCCAUCAUGGAGGAAGAGGAGGACGUGGACUUCAGCACGCUUUCAGCCGAGACGCCCGAAGCGGAAAAAUCCCCCUCGCCGUUUAAGACUAAACCUCACAGCGGGAGCAUCAAUCACGCCAUACCUUUUACAGGUCCGUUCAUGAGCGUGCUGCUCUCUCGACUAGAGAACAUGCUGGAAAACUCUCUGCAUGUGAAUCUUCUGCUAACUGGAAUCCUCGCUCAGCUCGCUGCUUAUCCCCAGCCGCUGCUGCGUUCCUUCCUGUUAAACACCAGCAUGGUGUUCCAGCCCAGUGUUCGCUCGCUGUACCAGGUCUUGGCCUCGGUGAAGAAUCAGAUCGAGCAGUUGGCUGUGAAGCAGAAGGAUUUUCCUGCCCUUCUCCUGGCAGCACAGCAGUGUCUUCUGGCCAGAGAGACUUCAGUCACACUGCAAGGAGAUUCACUGAGUGCUGGGAAGAACGUGAAGAUCCGAUCGGUCCAGCCCAAGAUGGUGGUUCCUUCCCACAGGACAGAGGUCUAUGCCACCGUGGUCUUCACCGAGUUCCUUAAAGAACUGGCUGCUAUCACACAGGAGCACUCCAUCCUCUCCUACAGCCCCAUGGAGGAGUAGAGCUGACUUUACAAAACACUCAACAAUCUCAAACUGAUGUCUCUGACUCCAAGCCCUCUGACUCAAAUGUCUCUGAUUUUGAUGUUACUGACUCAGAUGUCUUUGACUCUGUUGUCUCUGACUGCGAUGUCGGUGACUCCAAUCCCUCUGACACCAAUCUUUCUGACUCUGAUGUCUCUGACUCCAAUCCCUCUGACUCUGAUGUCUCUGACUCCGAUGCCUCUGACUCCGAUUCUUCUGACUCUCUUCACCCAGAGACGGAGUAAAGCUCAUCAUUUCUCCAUUCCAAGGACAUUUCUGACCUUCUCCCUCGUCUCCCAUUGGAGGAACAGAGCGAGGUUUAUUCUCUCUCAGCAUUUCAUUAUUAAUAACAUGCUUCCAUAAACAUUUUUCUUGUAAGAUUUUUAUGUUUCAUUCCCCCUAAAAUCUCCGGCUCUGUGCACCAUGCUUCAUUGUACCAGUCGCAGCUUUUAUUCCUUGGAUUUGGACAUUUAAAAAAAAAAAAAAAAAAAAUCUACAAUCACAAUGUCUCCAUUAUUUUUUCCCUCGACCAUAAAGAUCUCCAUCUUCUUCCAGCUCCUCGGCUGAAAAUUCACAUCAUUCCUCUCUGGAGAGACCUGCAGAAGAAGCUCCUCUUCACUCAUGGAUUUAUUUCCCUUUAGAGAAGCAGAGCUGCAUGUUUUCUCCAUCAAACCUCCAUCAUGCCAUGUUGAACUCCACUAGAUGCAGAACCCUAACCCGUAAAUCCGUCUCUGGGGACCUCUUAAGCUCUCAGGAGGAAAUCCCUGCCUGUUAACUCAUCUCUCGUCCUCGAGUGAGGGAAACAAAAUCACACUUUUUAUUAGUCUUAUAAUUUCAGAAUACUUCUUUUAUACAUGCUUGUAGAUGGAUAUGUACUUCCGACUUAAAUCCUGGAUUUCUGCUUAUUACAUCAGUUUUCAGUUCUAUCCAGCGAGGAAAAAAAAAACUCUUUUUUUUAUAUAAGCUUUAAAGUGUUUUAUUAUAUUUUUCCCAGAAGCCUUAGUUUUGAAGUAGUAAUGUUCACCAGACUACAACGAUGAGAAGAUUCACCCUUUAUAUCCGACACCCGCCGAAUCUUCUUCAGCCAAUCAGAUCAGGUUUGAGUGUGUGAAGCUCGUGCCUUGUGUAAAGGUUUAUUCGUUUAUAAGGGGGAUGUGUAAUAACAGCAACAAUAGAAAUGUUUUUAUUUUAGGAAAACAGUUGUAAUGGUGUAAUUUAUUCAUGACUGUUCCAGGGGUUGUUUUCAGUGGGUGAGGGUAUUUAAACCUUUUGUUUUGUUUUUUUGUAUAAUGAUAACUUAAUAAUUCUAUAAUAAUAAUAAUAAUAAUAAUAUAUUUUUCAAAAAUACUCCCAUAUUUAAUAAUAAUAAAUCUUAAUUUUUUUUUAAAUAUAUUUGGUCAGUAAAAUGGUGCGAUUUUAUGUAAACAAAUAAAAAGGAAUUAUUUAAUAUAAUUAUUAUUAGGAUGAAAAAAGGCACCAUUUUGGAUAAAAAAAAAAAAAUCCUUUAAAAAAUAUUGUGAUUUAAUCAGGACGUGUUUAUUGCCGUGAUGCUGAUUAAUCACGAUACAUUAUUUUAUCCGUGAUAGAAAAAUAAUAGAUAAACACGCUCAUUUUCAUGACGAGGUCCGAAAUAGCAAAAAUCUAUAGGAAUUAAAAGCUAAGGGUCUUUUAUUUGAUAUAUUUAGACUGCGCUGGGGUUUUAUUGUGUAGGAAGUUACUCAAAAAUAAGUGGAAAAUGUGAAAAAUAGCUAGUUUUAUACGCACACAGUCAUGCUAGCGACACGAUCCACCUCAUGACCCGAGACCUGAAAUCAACAUCUAUUGUGAGCUGAUUAAACUGACCACAUGUCCACUUAUAAUCACACAGAAGUAGCUGCGCUAACAGCAGGAGGGGUUUUAUUAUUAAGAAAAAUUGCUAAUCAUGCUAGUUGUCAAUGUUAGCCUCUUGGUGGUCCAGCGGAAGGAUCCCGUGCUCUCAUUGCCGUAGCCCGGGUUCGAUUCCUUGGCAGGGAGCUAACCCAGCCACUGAAGAGUUAGCUCUCAGUGCAAGCCCAGAUUAAAUGGGAAGGUUGCAUCAGGAAGGGCAUCCGGUGUAAAACCUGUGCUAAAUUGAAACACGCGGACUAAAUGAUCCGCUUUGGCAACCCCGAACAGGGAGCAGCCGAAAGAACAACAACAUGCUAGUUGUUAACAUUACACUGAUCUCUGCACAAUGACUAGCAUUUUGUUUUGUUUUCAAUCAGCAAGGCCUCCAGUCAUCAGUGUAGCUAGCUAAAUGCUAGUCACGCUACUUCUUGAGCGCAUUUUGUGUUGAUUGCGUGUGUGUAAUGCUAACCGAUCUCAAGCACAAGCUAGCAAAUGAAUGAACCAGUCAGUCACUUAGCAUUAUACCUACACUAUUCUGCUUAGCAUGAGCUUAUUUAGCUAUGAUUGCACUUUCCUGGAUGACGUGUGCCUUUAAAUCCUGACUAGUACUAGUUCAAAUUUUCUUUACAGCAUCACAGAGGUCUAGUUUUUAUUCCAAAGAUAUUUAUAUGUGGGGUUGUUAAAAAUAUCAGGUAUAUUUUUAAAAGACAGUUUUGUGGAUUUGUGGGAGGCUCAGCCGAAAUAAAUCACAGUCUCUAAAUCA